AUGUCGUCUCCCAGCGAGCCUCCACCGAAGGCGCCCCAACCCUCUCAAACAGCAUCGCAGAAUCCGCCGACGAAUGCUGCUGCCGCGCCACCGCCGACGGCAGCGACGACGACAAACGGCGGCGCGUCCAACGGCCCCUCGUCAUCCACGACGGCCGCUCAGAGCUCCAGCGUCCUCUCCCGGCGCUUCCCACGCCUGGCUGCCACCGCCACCCGCAUCGGCGGCUCGCGAGCAGGCAGGGCGGGUCAGGGCUUCUGGAAGUAUCGACGCUCCAUCUUCUUUGGCUUCUUUGCCGUCUACACGGGCGUGGGCUACCUCAAGCUCAAGCGAGACGCCUACCUCCGCGACUACAUCCACCCAGAGACCUAUCUCGUCUGGAAGAUCCACGAUGGCUCCAUCGUCGAGUCCAGAGGCCCGCCGACGCUCGGUGCGCUCCUCAACGCGCCCGCCGCCGGCGAAGAGGCCCCCAGGGUGCUAGAGCUGUUUGAGGCUAUCCGCGCGCUCAAGUGGGCCCAGGGCGACGAGCGGAUCAAGGGCAUCUUUGCCGACUUUAGCGGGCUCCACCUGCCGUCGUCGGUAACGCCCAACCGGCUCGGACUGGCUCAGAUCGAGGAGCUGGUCCAGUCGAUCCACGAGUUCAAGAUGGCCAAGCGCGACCAGUUUGGCGAAAAGGCGCGGCCGAGCAUCGCCUGGGCCGACACCUUUGACAGUCAGGGCGCCUAUCUCCUCGCCUCGGCCUUUGACGAGGUCUGGCUGCAGCCAACGGGCACUGUGCCGCUGACUGGCCUCGGAGCUCAGAUCCCCUUCUUCAAGAAGCUGCUCGCGUACUUCGGGGUCAAGGUGCACGCCGAGGCGAGGCGCGAGUACAAGUCGAUGAUCUCGACCUUCAACCAGGACGAGGAGCUGCCGCCGGCCCAGGCGCAAAACGAGGCCGAGAUGCUGGGCGAGCUGAACCGCGGCCUGAUGCACGCCAUCGGCGUCAACCGCUUCCCCGAGGCCGACCCGUCCGAGAUGGCCGACCAGCUCGAGCUGUGGGCCAAGGAGGGUCCCUUUUCCAGCCGCGAGGCGGCCAAGCUGGGCCUCAUCAACGGCAUCGCCUUCAAGCGCGACCUGGUCAAGCGGCUCGUUGACCCAAAGCACGGCGGCAUCGAGGAGACCAAGUUCAAGUCGCUCCACCAUUACAACAAGGUCAACAACCGCCACCUCGACCGCCACCUCAAGGACGACGAGAUCAUCGAGGUGGGCGUCGUCUACCUGCUCGGCACCAUCAGCAACGCGCCCGGCGAGUACUCGGCGUCGUCGGUGAUCAAAGGUCUCAAGGAGGCGGCCGAGGACGACGACAUCAAGAGCAUCGUGCUGCGCAUCGACUCGGGCGGCGGCGACGUCGUGGCCAGCGAGUCGAUCUGGGAUGCCGUCCGCCGCGUGCGCGAAGACUACGGCAAGCCCGUCGUUGCGUCGUUCGGCAACGCCUCGGCCAGCGGCGGCUACUACGCUGCCAGUGCCGCCGACGCCAUCCUGGCGUGCGAGAACACCGUGACCGGCAGCAUCGGCGUCGCCUCGCUCCGCCCGACCAUCACGCGCGCCUUCUUCGACCGCUUCCACGUCGGCAUCCAGUCGUUCUUCACCGGCUCCACAUCGAGCUCCACCCUGCACGACAUGGACGACCAGCAGCGCGCCAAGCAGAGCCGGCACAUUGACGAGAUGUACGACGACUUCCUCACAAAGGUGUGCGACGGCCGCGGCAUCUCGCGCGACGUCAUCGAGAGCCUUGCCGGAGGCAGGGUCAUGACGGGCCUCACCGCCUGGACGCGCUGCAACCCGGAAGCCGAGCUGGAGCAGGUCGAUGUGCGGGACAUCUCUGCCAAGGACGUGCUGCAGGCGGGCAGCGAGGCCAGCGGCGCCGUCGCCGACGGCACCAAGUCGAGCGCGGUCCUGGCUGGCCCGUCCAAGAAGGCUACCAAGGCGGACGUCAAGAAGGUCAAGGCCGUCAGCCUCACUUCCGAGUGGCGGACGAGGGACGCGACGGUGCCCGGUGGCAACAACACGGUGCUCAUCGAGCGCGUCGGCGCGAGCGGGGACGACGCCGAGGACGGCUUCGUGCGCAAGGCCGUCGCGACCGCAUCCGAAGUGAUUGCGCGUGCAGAGGCUGCAGCUGCGGCGGCGGUCUCCUCGCCGGACGAGGAGGGCAAGGAUGCAAAGGACGUUUCGGCUCCUGCGCCUGCGCCUGCUGCUGCCACGACGGCAGACGGCGACGAGGCGGUUCCCGUGUCGACUACCACCGCGACGGUGCCGCCGGCAUCAGAAGGCUCGGCGAUCGAGGAGGUGGCGGAAAAGACGGCCGAGACCGCCGAGUCGAUCAAGCAGAAGAUGAAGCAGCGCCUCGAAGAGGCCGAGGCCAAGCUCGCGGUCGCCGCGCACGCUGCCGCCGAAGAGAGCCGGUCGGCACUUGGCAAAUCGGGCGGGCCACCAUCCGACAAUGUCGAUCCCUCUGCCUCCAAGGCCGGCGGUACUCCGGAAAAGAAGGCUCCCGGCGGCGACGACGGCGACGACGACGUGGCCGACGAGAUCCGCACCGCCGGCGUCGCUUCUACCGCCUCGGAUGGCACCGAGGCCAAGGGCAGCCCGUACGGCCGGGGCCUGGUGGACAGCAUCGGCGGCAUCUGGGACAGCGCCUACUAUGCCAUGACGCUGGGUCUCCAGCGAGAGAUUGACGAGCUGGUGACCAAGGAGAACCUGACGCUCGAGCAGGCCACGGAGCGGGUGCGACCGGGAGCCAAUCGCUCCGUGUCCGAGGACGGCACGCUGGCCGUGGCCGCCGACCUGCGGCUGGUGCGGUUCCCAGAGGACAAGCCGUUCUGGAAAAAGGUGCAGGACAUGAACCGCAAGGGCGACGAGCCGCAGCUCUCGAUCCUGCCGCGCUCGGUGGCCAGCACGCUGUCGGUGCUCGCCGACGAUGUGGCGCACAAGGCGGCCAAGGCGGCGCUGCGCAUGAUUAUCGCCUCGUCGAUGGACCCGAGCGGUAUCGCCCACGCCUUUGAGGACGGCAAGCUGGCCGAGCAGAUCCGCAACCACAACGGCAGCGGGUGGGGGUCCAAGCAGGGCAGGGCCAGGGCCGAGUAUCCGUUUGCGGCUUACUUCACCUGA